GAAUCGCACACAGUGCAAACGGCCAUUUGGAAUCCGACGCGGACACGCUUGCGGAGCUUGAUUCUUGCAAACGGCCAUUUGGAAUCCGACGCGGACACGCUUGCGGAGCUUGCUUCUACGCCGCCAAAGAUCCGAACUGUGGUCACCGUGACCUCAAUAGGCGGCUACGCGGUGGAGGACCGUGACGCAAAAAGAGCUGUAUUUGACAGGUUGCAGACCGAGUUGGCGCAAUCGCGCACGCUGGUCAACAACGCAGCGCCACGGAUGGACGCCCUUCGCUUGGAUGCGUCCAAAGUUCGUGAGGACGCAGAAGCAGCACGACGAGAAGCGGCGGCGGCGUCGAAGACGGCGCAAGACGGUGCGACAGCGUUAUCGGAUCUCGCACAGCGGCAUAAGGUGGCUGGGAAGCGACUGGAGGAGUUGGAGAGGAAAAUCACUCGGCUGACUCAGCAUAACACCGUUCUACGGCGUGAGAACGUCGACUUCAAGAAUAGCUUGGAACAUCGUCAGGCUGAUCUCGCAACAGCUCAGGAUCGCGCAGUGGCUGCAGAACGAGAGCGAGCGGAGGCCUCCCUCGCUCGCGACGACUUGCAGGCGGAGCUAGAUGCGAGUCGACAGUCGCUGCUGAAGGAGCAGGCUUCUUCUGCUGAUAUCCACAGCAAAAUAGCGGAGCGUGAGGAACACCUCGGAGCGUUGCGCAACUUGAUCAAUCUGGUACCUGCGCCGACUCCGCAACCUGAGGUGGAACGAUGCGUGGCGUCGGCCUCUUCCAGUUCGUCUCUUGCCACACUGGCGUCAACGGCCAUGAGCCUUGUCUCCUCUGAUCCUCCAGCGCGAACAUCUUCGCAGCAGCUCCCGUCUGGCUCGGCAAAGCGAAGUGGAGAUCUCUCUUCUGAUCCAACGUCACAGUCGAAGCGUGCAAAGCGCGCCGUUGCGACUACCGAGGGAGCGCCAGCUGAGUUGGCUUCCUCUACGGCGAUGCCCAAAGACAUCACUUCGAAGUUCUUACCACACGACUGGCUGCUACCCGCCGGGCCACAAACCUCGGUCGAAGCUUUAUACAAAGCGAGUCCCUGGAAGAUCUUCCUGGAUAACAUGCCCGACCCAGUCUCGUUCGACAUUGGAGAUCCCCGCUUCCAACCUCUUCUGACCAUCAUCCGCGAUGUGCUGACUCGGAACGAUAAUCGUGGCGCGCUUGUGUUCUGGGAAAUUACCCACUCCAUCGAGAUUUCCAUUUCCAAGGCCAGCGCUGAGUCUUGGGAGGUGAAGUUCACUUCGGAUCGUAAGAAUCGGAGAUCCCACUUUGUGAAGAUGCUGCUGCCGGUGUUCGAAGAGGUGGCCCGCCUGUGCAAGGCUCAUGUGUGCGACUUGGACAUUCUCCUGGAGCCGUUCUUCCUGCCGCUGAUCGCAACGUACCCGUGGUUCCCUAAGGGAGCUUCUGGUGCCUCUGGAGAUCUGUUACACGUCUUACGAACAACCGACGAGGCGGAGCCGUGGCGCCUGUUCUACUGGAACGCUCGUGCCAAACACCCAUCGAUGAACGGACCCAUCCACACGCGCCUUCGGGGCAAGUUCAAGGCGACCUCGUCAAUCGCCUAG